AUGAUCACCCUAACAUGGCCUCUCAUGCACUUGGAAACGGUACCCCAAAAAACACGGAACUCUUUCUCCCAAUCUAAGUAUACAAACACAUGUAAACUUACGUAUAGAACUAUCCAUAUUAAAGAAAAAAUAAAAAACUUAAUUGAAAGCAUUCUAGUGGUGAUUGGAAGUACUGCAAUGGGAAAUAAUUUUCUUAUAUACUAUUCCGUACGGCAGAAAAACAGGUUUGAUAACCAUGAGCAUCAGGAGCUUCUACUGUGUACUUUUCUGAAAUUUCUCAAAAACGUUCGCAAAUUUACUAAACUGGACUACACACUUGUAAAUAAAAGCCAAUCUUCCGACUACGUGUCACAAAACACGCAUCAAUUUUUCCCCUUCCUCUAUGUUAACUUAUGUUUCUCAUUUGACUGCACCUCCCUGACUCAGAAGAAAGGGCAUGUGAUAGAUACCUUAACGUAUGGUUUCCCCGUAAUCACUUCAAAUGGGAAAAAGAAAAAAAACGUCAUGAGAAACAAAUUUAUGUUUUACUCCCAAAAGUGUAAAACGCAAUGGUUGCACAAAAGGUAUAGCAUUAACUAA